AUGCAUCUAUCUAUCUAUCUAUCUAUCUAUCUAUCUCUCUCUCUCUCUCUAUAUAUAUAUAUAUAUAUAUAUAUAUAUAUAUAUAUGCAUCACUGCUGCUCCUUCACCCAUUUUCCGUCCUACUUAAUCAACUCCUGCUGCUCUUCCAUCGACUCGACCAGCUCCUUCAUCCACUCCCCCUCCUUCUUUAUCCACCCUCCUGCUUCUUUUAUCACUCUCUCUACCGCUUCAUCCACUCUCAUGGCUCUUCAUCCACUCCUCUCUCCUACUUUAUCAACUCCCCCUGCUUCUUCAUCUUACUUCUGCUUCUUUACACUCUCUUACCCCUACCUCUUCCUCUUCUUCAUACACUGCCUCGCCUUUAUCCACUCCUCCUUCAGCUCUCCUUGUCUCUUCAUCUGCACCCCAUCUCCUUCAUCAAGUCCCCCUCCUUCUUUAUCUACUCUUUCUGCUUCUUUAUCCUCUCCUCCUACUCCUUCAUCCACAUCCCUGCUUGUUCAACCACCACUCCCACACUUCCUGCAUCCACUCCUCCUUCUUCCUUAUCAACUUCUCCUUCUUCUUUACUCACUCUCCCUGCUUCUUUAUCCACUCUCCCUGCUUCUUUAUCGUCUCCUCCUCCUUCUUAAUCCAUUUCUUCUUUAUCUACUCCUCCUGCUGUUUCAUCCACCCCCACCUUCUUUAUUCACUCCGCCUUCUCUUUUAGCCUCCUCCUACUCUUUGCACCCUGAACCUGCUUCUUCCUUCACUCUCCCUGCUUCUUCAUACGCUCCACUUCCUCUUUAUACACACAUCUUGCUUCAACUCCUCCUACUUCUUCAUUAUCCCCCAUCUUUCUUUAUACACUCCUCCUCCUCCUUCGUCUAA